CACAAAUUGGGGCCAAACACUAAAGGAAUAGUGGAACUGAUCUCUAACUUCUAAACAAGAGAAAAAUAUGCAAUGAUCGCAAAAUUCAGAAGACUGACAUUAUGUGGACUAUGUUCGCUGAUCUAAUCUAAUCCAUCAAUAAAAGGGACCACCCGUUUGUGUGGGGGUGGUGUCAGUGUGCACAUGUGUGGACAUUUCCAGAGGCAGGUGUGGUGGUAUUGUGUUCCCCAAAAUAUUGUGCACCCUAAUAAAUUUAUCUGGGGUCAGAGAACAGAACAGCCACUAGAUACAGAGGCUAGAAAAUGGUGGCACACACACCUUUAAUCCUAGCAUUCCGAAGGCAGAGAUCCAUCCAGAUCUCUGUGAGUUCAAAGCCACACUGGAAACAGCCAGGCAUGGUGACUCACGCCUUUAAUCCCAGGAAGUGAUGGCAGAAAGCAGAAAGAUAUUUAAGGCAUGAGGAUGAGGAACUAGGCCUGGUUAAGCUUUUAGGCUUUUGAGUAGCAGUUCAGCUGAGAUUCAUUCUGGAUGAGCUGGCUUCCAGUCUGAGGAGACAGAAUCAGCUGAGGAAUUGGUGAGGUGAGGCUGUGGCUUGUGCUGCUUCUCUGAUCUUCCAGAAUUCACCUCAAUACUUGGCCUCAGGUUUGUUUUUAUUAAUAAGAACUUUUAAGAUUCAUGCUACAGGCCGGAGGUUGACAUUUAGGGAUUUCUGGAGGUCAGAAGUUGACAUAGGGUGUCUUUCCUCUGAGUUGGUCUGUAGAUCAGCGGAAUAUUGACCAAAAUUCUGGCAGGCUUUGUAGAAAUUUUAAGGAGACUCUAAAGUUUAUAUGGAAAUACAAACGUCUUAGACUAGCUAAAACAAUAUUGGAAAGGAAGCAUACAUUUAGGGUACCACUCUGCCUGGCUUGGGGUUUUCCAGGAGAACUAUAGUGUUCAAAGGAGCAUGAUAUGGUGUGAAGACAUUAAUGGAGCAGUGGAACUAAAUAAUGACCCAAAGUUAAGCAGUGUAUGCAAAUUUACAAAUUGUUGGUACCAAAGGAAUUCAUCAGGGGAAAGUGUAGUCUUUCAAUUGAUGGUGGCAGAGACACCACACAUCUUUAUACUUUUAAAAAGCUUAUCAACUGACUUAACCACUAACAGAAUUAAGCCAAUAUUGAAAUCUUUGGAGCAUUUGGGAGGCUGAGGUAGGAGGAAUUCGAGGCCAAUCUGGGCUACAUAUCAAAACUCUGUUUCAAAAUCCCAAUAGCUCAGUGUGAGCAUGCUUGCCUGGCAUGGGCCAAGCCCUGGGUUCAACUACUAGAACCACAAAACAAGUACUGAAAAUACCAUUUUCUGCCAAGGAAACUUGUAGCAGUUUAUACCAGCGAUUCAAGAGAUAAAUAAUCGGAACCUUAUGAAGUCAUUGAACUCGGAGCUCGUGGAUUCAGCUAGCAUGAAUGGCCAAUGAGUUUCAUGGAUCCAUCUCUCUCUAUACCCCAUCCUCCUCCUCCCCCCAACACGCCUGGGUGACAGGUACAUGCUGCCACACCUAGACUUUAAAGGAUGCUGGGGAACUGAACUCAUGCCUUCGUGCUUGUAUGGCAGGCAUGUUAUGAACUGAGCCAUCUUGCCAUCUCCCCAGUCCUUGUCUGUGUCGAUAUUCCUCAAAGAGUUUAAGUUAAUAAAAAUGGUCACAUUCCCACACACUAGCCAACUGAAACCCUCCAAAUAGCAUCCUUUAAGGAAGUUCUCAUUGGCCAUGUAAGAAAGAAAAGACAGAAGGAAAUUCAGAGAAUUAUCUGAUCCCCCAUACACAGAGCAAGCUAUGGCAAGGCCACUGGCUAGGACCACGGGGAGGGCCAUCACACCAGAAGCUACCAGAUCUCAGCUGUGUGCUAAUCUGGGCCCAUGAGGGUUCCUUGCUUCCCACCACCAACUUGAGGAGAAAACCAGAGGACAGGCUGCUCACACUGCCACCUCAAGGCCAGUCUGCAGAAAACAAGAGAGAAGAGAAUGAGACCCGAACAGAAAUGGAGUGAUGUGAACCUCUCUGGCUUGCAGAUCUCAGGGAGGCAGGGAACUUGCUGGCCCCCCCGGAACAGUAACCCACUUCCUGAUUCGUAAAAGGAGAGCAAUCAGAAUGAAUCUGUGAUUCUGGGUGAGAGGUGCUGGGAAGGCCAGGACAGAGGCGGACAGCAACAUCAGCAUCCUCCAUGAAGUUGGAGUAUGUAUUCCAAAGCAGCUUCCUCUAGACUUUCACCUCUCAGGGCAAGUGCCUAGAACAGUUUAUCACCACCAGAGGGCGCCAGAGAUCUCGCAACAGCUGUCAUUUAUUGGGGGGAAAAAAGCCUUGCUGAGGGCUACCCUGGGGAACUCUGGCUGCGGGGAUCCCAAGGCAGUGUCACCCUGUAGCCAACACACCACCGAAUGCCCUACCUUCGCCCUAGCUGCAAUACAGCUGGCUUCUGUUGUCCACUCAUGUGGGGUUCACUUUUUCUGAUCCCAAGACGUGAACUGGAAUAUUGAAGACUAACUGAAAUCACAUUCAUGUCCCAGUUAGCUCCACCCUCUGAGGCUAAGGAGAAAGUGGACAGUGCCAAUCUCUCUCUUUCUUCAUGAAAUGGGAGCAAUGGUAAUGGCGGUCUAUGUUGCACCCACAGCAGCUCACUGAGAGAUCCACAGCACCUGCCUCUGAUGUAUUUGAAGAUGAGGCUCAGAGAUCUUCCACCUUAUUCUCUGUGUGUAGUGUAUCCACCACUCUCCACCUCACUCCUUUCAGACAGGGUCUCUCACAGAACCUGGAUGUUGCUGGUUUUCUAGUGAGGCUGGCCAGCUAGCAACUCCCAGUGGUCCUUUCGCUCUUUGUACGCUGCCACUAACACUGCAGUUACAGACACAUAUGGCCACACCCAGCUUUUCCAUCAGUCUGGGAACCUGAACACAGGACCUCAUGCUGGCUCAUGAAAGCUCUUCUCUACUCACUGAACCAAUCUCCCCAGACCCAUUUUAUCUUUUGAAAACCAGUUUCUUACUGAACUUGAAGCUUGCUGAUUUGUCUGGACUGGUUGGCCAGCAAGCCCCACUUAUCCUCCAGUCUCCCCUUCUCCAGCCCUGGGAUUAGAGACACGCACCACCAUGCCUGGCCUCUAAGUCUGACUUUAUAUUUUUUUUUUAAUUGAUGUGGGUGCUAGGAAUCAAGCUCACUUCCUCAGCCUGGUUUGGCAACUUCAGUUCACCAACUGAGACAUGGAGAUGUUUUAAUAACCAGCAGAGAAAGGGCUAAUUCUCUUUACUGACAACGUGAACUGAUUGAAACGGGCACCCACUGGUCCUUCCGAAGCAGAACCCACUGCCUGCUCUGCUAACCCUCCCUGCUGAUACAAAGCAGUGCCACAUUGUUGCAGUUGGUUGUUUGCAUCAACGCUGAUGCCCAGGACAGGCUGGGACUCUCCCGGAGCUAACACAGCUGGUGGGACUAACAAGGUCUGAUCUGAAAUCACAGCUGAGCGGCUCCCAUGGAUGGGCUGUUGUUCAUUGAAGCUCUACUGAGCAAGGAAAGAUGAAUGAGCCUCCUAGCCAGAAACAAGGUCGUUCUGUUUCGUUUGCUCCAGUAGCAGAUGCAAGAAAGUGAUUUUUUCAUUCACAGGGGCUCCGAGGGUCUUUUCCCAGGGUCUGGCAGAACAGGGCUCAGUUUGCUGGGAUGCUAGCGUGAGUGAAUUCCUCAAGUCGGGAUUUAGAGAAUAGGACACACGAACAGAUAUCUGUCAGGAACCUUUGGAAAACGCCACAAAGUUAAGUAGAUUUUUUUUCCUCUAUGGACUUACUGAAGCUUUUAUUCGUGAAGGAGGUUUUUGUUUUGUUUUGUUUCCUCUGGAUAUGAGACACCGAGGUUUAGAAAAGUCUCCUGUAGGCUGGGAGAUAACUUGGUGUGGGGGUGAAACAUUUGCAUGCAUGAAGAUUUGAGUUUAGUCCUCAAGUCCACAUGAGAGGAAAAAAAACCAAAAAGCUGGGUAGCAGUAAGUGGUACAAUGGUACAUACCUAUAAUCCCAGCGCUGAGGAGGGAGGAAAAGCAAAUGCCUGACACUCACUAGCCAGCCUGUCUGGCACACUUGGUGAGCUCUGUACCACCAAGAGACUCAGUCUCAAAAAAUAAAGGAGAAGGUAUCUGAAGAACAACAGCUGAGGUUAACCUCUGACCUCCACAUUCACACACACAUACACACACACACACACACACACACACACACACACACACACACACAUCCAUACACAAUCUUUAUCUGAGAUAACCAACAAGGUCGCAGAGCCUCUUCCUGGUCCCCAUUUCUGAACAGCAUCCUGGAGCUGGGGUCUGGGACAUGUUCCUCUUCAGCUGAGUGGUCUCCAUCCCUGCCACGAUCAUUUCGGCUUAUCCACUUUGACGUGCCCAUCCUUCCUUCUGAAGUGCCUGCCCCUUCUAGUCCACUCAGCUCUUCCUGAGACCCUGUUCCUCUCUCAGGUGCGAAGUCUCAGCCCAUCAAAGAGGAAGAACCGUGUUUACCUCCUAUGAGCUGGGGAGGAAACGCCACGCCAGAGGGGGAGAAGCACCAAUAAUUCUGGAAGGAACCAUGUGGGAGGUCUCCUUACACAUAGCAGCAGAGGACGACGCUUCUUCUCAGAGGCAUAGAGACUUUCACAUGCCCUCAAAUUCCUCUCCAGUUGAACGUUCCCAGAAAGGCAAGUUCAUCUCUCCUGCUGCUGGGGCAUUACUUUUCUGGCAUUAGAACCUACUUCUUUGGGAUGCCAAUGAAUACUGAAGACCAGCUGAGGCAUCCAGCCUGGUGGAUUAAACAACUAUUGGGUUCCUGGCCUUUCCAGCAGGAGACAACCAUUGUUGGACUAGCUGGACCACAGACUGCUCUCACUAUGUAGCCCUGGCUGUCCUGGAAUGCACUAUGUAGACAAGGCUGGUCUUGAACUCACAGAGGUCCACCUUCCAAGUGCUGGGAUUAAAGACAUGUGCCACCACACCUGGCUAAGAAUGAAAAAAUUUUUAGUAAAAAGGGAGAAAAAUUAAGAUGGGUGGACUGAAAAAGAAAGCUGAAUCAUUUAAGCAAGUUACAAAGGUCUGAGCAAGUCCCACAAAGAAUGAGAGUUUAUGUAUAUGAAGUUAAAAUUUCUAAGGUCAAAGUGCAAUUCAUCAAUAUCAAACUUCUGCUUAAGUUAGUGGAGUUACUGUUCUGUUCUUCCUAGCAAUUAUGAGGAUUGACUUAAAGAACCAAAAUGUAUAUUUAAUCAAAGUUUUUAAAAAAGUGUUUGAGGGUCCUGUUUCCUCCAGAGUUUCCGCAGACAGCCAUUGAGUGGAGCCUGCCGGAGCGGAGCCAUCUGAAGCACAGCCCGGAGCCUAAAGCAGACAGAAUCAGCCUGAGCCAGCCCAGCCCGGUGAUGGAGCGCCCACAGCCAGACAGCAUGCCCAAGGAUCUGUCUGAGGCCUUGAAGGAGGCCACCAAGGAGGUGCACACCCAGGCAGAGAAUGCUGAGUUCAUGAGGAACUUUCAGAAGGGCCAGGUGACCAGGGAAGGCUUUAAGCUGGUGAUGGCCUCCUUGUACCACAUCUAUGUGGCCCUGGAGGAGGAGAUAGAACGCAAUAAGCAGAACCCAGUCUACGCCCCGCUCUACUUUCCUGAGGAGCUGCACCGAAGGACUGCCCUCGAGCAGGACAUGGCCUUUUGGUAUGGUCCCCACUGGCAGAAGACCAUCCCUUACACACCGGCCACACAGCACUAUGUGAGGCACCUACACGAGGUGGGGCGCACUCAUCCUGAGCUGCUGGUGGCCCACACAUACACCCGUUACCUGGGUGACCUCUCAGGGGGCCAGGUCCUGAAGAAGAUUGCGCAGAAGGCCCUGGACCUGCCCAGCUCUGGUGAAGGCCUGGCUUUUUUCACCUUCCCCAACAUUGACAGCCCUACCAAGUUCAAACAGCUCUACCGUGCUCGCAUGAAUACUCUGGAGAUGACACCUGAGGUCAAGCACAGGGUGACAGAGGAGGCUAAGACCGCAUUCCUGCUCAACAUCGAGCUGUUUGAAGAACUUCAGGUACUGCUGACACAGGACCACAAGGACCAGAGCCCCUCACAGAUGGAGUGGCUUCGCCAGCGGCCUGGUAGCCUGGUGCAAGACCCUACCCCUGCAGAGACACCCAGAGGGAAGCCUCAGAUCAGCACUAGCUCAUCCCAGGCACCACUCCUCCGAUGGGUCCUCACUCUUAGCUUUCUGAUGGCAACAGUGGCAGUGGCAAUUUAUGCCAUGUAAAUGCAAAUAUGCUGUGAACUCUGUCCAUGAAGGGCCUUCUCUCUGUUGGGGAGAAUCUUGCCUGGCUCUCUUCUCUGGGGCCUCUAAGAAGCUUUUGGGGCUCCUAGCCCCCACCCUGUAUCCUCUUUCUCUCUGCAAUGGAGGGAGACGCUUGACACAUUUUCCCCUCACCAAAAUCACAUCCAGCUAGUGGCCUGAACUUUGAAACCAGCAGCCCCAAUUCCUGCAGCAGAGCCCAAAAGCCGUGGCCUGAAGGGCAGCUGUUAUGAGCCCGGUGCCCUUGGUUGUCGGCGUCCAUGUUAACUGCCAUGACUGCUUUUCUCUGGUGUUAUGGCCACUUUGAUAGCAGUGUGUAGAGAUGUUCUCUUGUGUUUCUGUCUUAUCACUUCCCCAGUUCCACCUGAAUGGUGGUAUUUUGUUGUGUUGGUUUUUUUUUUCUAACGAAGUUGGGCUGUCUUUUGAGGGGUGGGUGAGGAAGAGGUAUUUAAUAGUUGUAACCUUGGUCUUCAACUUCUGUGUGAAAUAAUAAAUGACAUCUAACAGUCAAAAAAAAAAAAGUGUUUGAGAUUUUUUUCCUAAACUUAUCUAACUAUUAUAUAUCAAUUAAAAGUACCAGAAGCUGAUCUUCUGCACCUUAUAUAACUAUACAAGUCAGAGGAGCCAAAAAACCAGGACAAUGGUUUGCCUUUUGCCCACUGUAGUGGUUUGAAUGAAAAUGGCCUCCAUAGGCCCAUAGGAAUUGACACUAUUUGGAGGUGUGGCCUUGUUGGAGUAGAUAUGGCCUUGUUGGAGUAGGUGUGGCCUUGUUGAAGGAAGUGUGUCACUAUGGGGUGGGCUUUGAGGUCUCAGAUGUUCAAGUCAGGUCCAGUGUCAUGCUCAAUUCCUGCUCUCCACAGAUCCGGAUGUAAAACUCUCAGCUCCUUCUCAAGCACCAUGUCUGCCUGCAUGCCCCCAUGCUUCCCACUGUGACGAUAACAGAUUUAACCUCUGAAACUAUGAGCCAGACCCAAUAAAUGCUUUCCUUUAUAA